ACAAUAAGCAACCUAAACCUUUUCUCAUACAUAUAAAGAUGACCACAGUGAAUAGUCUUCUAUCUGAGAAUCCAGUGGUGGUAUUCAGCAAGACAACAUGUUGCAUAAGCCACUCUAUCAUAGCGCUCAUUAGAAAAUUUGGCGCGAACCCUGUGAUCUAUGAGCUUGAUGAGCUACCUAAUGGGAACAGGAUAGAGAGAGAGUUACUGGAGUUAGGAUGCAACCCCAGUGUGCCAGCUGUCUUCAUAGGGAAGAAGCUUGUUGGAGGUGCUAAUGAGCUAAUCACUCUUAAUCUGGAAAGCAAGCUUAAGUCACUGCUCAUAAAUGCUAAUGCCAUAUGGAUGUAGGAUACAAUAUAGGUGUAUCUGAUCUAUUAGACUAUUACCAAGUCUUUUCUUAUGUCUGGUAUGUUGGAUAUGGCUUGAUUUAGUUGAUAAUAAUCUCAAGUGUUGUACGGUAUACAUGGUGUAUACUUGGUUGGUAUUGUCGUAUUGUGGUGUUUUCUAGUAAACAAACUCCAAGGGAUGUUUUUCCUACGAGUUGUGUUCCUGUUAACUUCUAUAUGAUAUGGAUAAGUUGGUUUGUUUAGUAA